CCCACCUGAAAUAUGCUUUUCACACCCAUUGAAGAUCCCUCUCACCGGCCCCCUACCACAGACCAGCUUAGCAGGCGGAGCUGAAGCUAUUCUAACGUUGCUUCUCCCUCAUACACCAGAUAGGGGGAGAAAGUGGUUGUUAGGAAGCCUGCCUUUCGGUUCUUCGCCUCUAUUCCUCCUCUCUGGCUGAUAGCACUCUCCUCUCUCUCUCUCUCCUAGGUGAUCCAUUUCUAAGCAACGUGCUAGCUAGCGGCGGAGCUGCCAACAGCUAGGGGACUCUCUCUCUCUCUCUGCAUCCCACCAACCAAGCAAGCUCCAAACCGCCUCCUCGGCUGCUGCUGCUGCUGCUUCUACUGCAGAAGACCAUCUUCACAAGUCCCGGGGCUGCCGCUGCUUGGCUUCCUGGCUGCAUCCAGCUCUCCGUGGAACUGCUAUCUCGGGUGACCACGUUGGAGAGCCGUUUUCGCAGCGGUCGCUCUCUUCACUCCCCGCACCAACCAGCUGCGGGGGGGAAGCAAAAAAAGCGAUCAGUUGCUUCUCCCCCUCCCCACCCCCUUUCUUUUGGUGGAGCAGGAAGAAGAUCGAGAUCUAGUUCUGCAUUCCCAGCUGCAUUGCCUUGAAGUUCACUUUGGGUGGUUUUGGGGUGUUUUUUUUAAAAAAUCAUCGUCAUCAUUAUUAUUUUUUGGAGGGAAGCUUGGAGACGAAGAGCGCUCUCCCUCGCCACACACACACACACACACUUUGCAAGGAUCUAGUCCCUCGCAUGGGAGAUUGGAAAGAAAAGCUGCAGUUAUUAUAUAUAUUUUAAAAUUGUUAUAUUUCCCCCCCUCCUUCUCUCUCGAGCACCGGCUGGCUGGCUGGCUGUGGGGGGCACUGGAAGGGUCCGUCGGUUUGCCGGUUGCAAGUUGCCCCACUGGAGCGGCGGUGGGGACCUGGCCUUGCGGAUCGCCCCGAAGGAAAACAACCCUAUAUAUUUAAAAGAUAUACCACUGAAACAUAACAAUAAAAAGGCUGAGGAUGGUGUGAUCGACACAGGGACACGCCGAACUGCUUCCCGAUUGACAUCUCUGGCGGCGGCGGUGAUGUGCUGGAUGGAUUUGCUGCAGCAACUCCCCACAACUCUGGUGAUGCCCGGCCGCCCCCCGAAGUGACGCGGGGCUCGUUGCGAGAGGCUCCCCAACCAGCCUGGGAUCGGCUCCCUCUUGCAGCUUUUUCCUUUCCCCCUUUAAUUUUUUUUCCCUUGGAGGAUCCAACCGGGAUUUAGAGGCUCCUCAAACUCUCGUCUCUCUUUUCUUGGGCUUCCUUCGUCCUUGUCGCUGGUGUGAUCGCUAACCUCCUGCCCCCCCUCCUUACUACUACCCCCCGUUUCCCGAACCAACCACUCCUCCCCGCUUGCCCGAAGCGCAGGAGAUGGAAGUUUUCCCCCUCGCUUUGCUCGUGUCCGUGUGCUGGACCGGAACCUGGGAAGCGGCGCUGGCAGAUUCGAUCAUCCACAUCGGGGCAAUAUUUGAUGAAUCUGCAAAAAAGGAUGAGGAGGUAUUUCGCAUGGCAGUUUCUGAUCUCAACCAGAAUGAUGAAAUCCUACAGACGGAGAAAAUCACAAUUUCUGUGAAUUUUGUGGAUGGCAACAACCCAUUCCAGGCAGUUCAAGAAGGCUGUGACCUCAUGAACCAUGGCAUCCUGGCUCUUGUCAGCUCCAUUGGCUGUACGUCAGCAGGAUCCCUCCAGUCCUUGGCAGAUGCUAUGCACAUCCCUCACCUCUUCAUCCAGCGGUCAACAGCUGGGACUCCAAGGAGUGGCUGUGGGACCACCAGGAGCAACAGGAAUGAUGACUACACACUCUUUGUACGCCCGCCUGUCUAUAUCAAUGAUGUUAUCUUGAGGGUGGUCACAGAAUAUGCCUGGCAGAAGUUCAUCAUUUUCUAUGAUAGCGAGUAUGAUAUCCGAGGAAUACAAGAGUUUUUGGACAAAGUAUCUCAGCAGGGAAUGGAUGUAGCACUGCAGAAAGUAGAGAACAACAUCAAUAAAAUGAUCACAGGGCUCUUUGCCACCUUGCGGAUUGAAGAGCUGAACCGCUACCGGGAUACACUGAGACGAGCCAUUCUGGUAAUGAACCCAUCCACAGCCAAGUCUUUCAUUGCAGAGGUCGUGGAAGCCAAUUUGGUUGCUUUUGACUGUCACUGGAUCAUUAUAAAUGAGGAGAUCAAUGAUGCAGAUGUGCAGGAGCUGGUGAGGAAGUCCAUUGGGAGAUUAACGAUUAUUCGUCAGAGCUUUCCUGUGCCACAUAACAUCAGCCAGCGUUGCUUUCGUGGGAACCACCGAAUAUCUUCAUCACUGUGUGAUCCUAAAGACCCUUUCUCCCAAAAUAUGGAGAUUACCAACCUCUACAUAUAUGAUACUGUGCUUUUGCUGGCGAACGCUUUCCAUAAGAAGCUGGAGGAUCGGAAGUGGCACAGCAUGGCUAGCUUGACGUGCAUUAGGAAGAACUCAAAACCAUGGCAAGGAGGGAGGUCCAUGUUGGAUACCAUCAAGAAGGGAGGAGUGAACGGCUUAACAGGAGAACUGGAAUUUGCAGAAAAUGGUGGGAAUCCUAAUGUCCUUUUUGAAAUCUUGGGUACCAACUAUGGAGAAGAACUUAGCAGAGGCAUCCGCAAGCUGGGCUGCUGGAAUCCUGUCACCGGUCUCAACGGCUCAUUAACAGACAGAAGGCUAGAGAAUAACAUGCGUGGGGUGGUUCUACGUGUAGUGACAGUGCUGGAGGAGCCAUUUGUGAUGGUGUCAGAAAAUGUUUUGGGGAAACCAAAGAAAUACCAGGGCUUUUCCAUCGAUGUCUUAGAAUCCUUAUCCACAUACCUUGGCUUCACGUAUGAAAUUUAUGUUGCUCCAGAUCACAAGUAUGGGCGCCCCCUGGAGAAUGGGACCUGGAACGGCUUGAUAGGGGAACUAGUAUUUAAGAGAGCUGAUAUAGGCAUUUCAGCAUUAACCAUCACACCAGAUCGGGAAAAUGUGGUCGAUUUUACCACCCGUUACAUGGACUAUUCAGUGGGUGUGCUGCUUCAGAAGGCUGAAAAGACAAUGGACAUGUUUGCCUGCUUAGCACCAUUUGACCUCUCUCUCUGGGCUUGUAUAGCUGGCACGGUGUUGCUGGUCGGACUUUUGGUGUACCUCUUAAAUUGGCUCAAUCCACCACGUCUGCAAAUGGGAUCAAUGACUUCAACGACUCUCUACAACUCUAUGUGGUUUGUUUAUGGAUCCUUCGUGCAGCAAGGAGGAGAGGUUCCCUAUACAACACUGGCAACUCGGAUGAUGAUGGGUGCCUGGUGGCUCUUUGCCUUGAUUGUCAUCUCCUCCUACACAGCAAACCUAGCGGCCUUUCUUACCAUCACUCGUAUUGAGAACUCCAUCCAGUCUCUCCAGGAUCUCUCCAGGCAGACUGAUAUUCCUUAUGGCACUGUCCUGGACUCCGCGGUCUAUGAGCACGUUCGGGUGAAAGGGAUGAAUCCGUUUGAGAAGAACAACAUGUAUUCGAAAUUGUGGCAGAUGAUUAACCGAAGUAACGGGUCAGAGAAUAACGUGCAGGAAUCCCAAGCAGGCAUUCAAAAGGUCAAAUAUGGAAAUUAUGCCUUUGUGUGGGAUGCAGCAGUUUUGGAAUAUGUUGCUCUGAAUGAUCCAGAUUGUUCCUUCUACACUAUUGGAAACACUAUUGCGGAUCGAGGCUAUGGAAUUGCGCUUCAACAUGGGAGCCCUUACAGAGAUGUAUUCUCACAAAGGAUUCUAGAACUUCAGCAGAAUGGACACAUGGACUUACUGAAGCAUAAGUGGUGGCCAAAGAAUGGCCAGUGUGACCUGUACUCCUCCAUAGACCCUAAAUAUAAAGGAGGAGCUUUGGACAUAAAGAGCUUUGCAGGUGUAUUUUGCAUACUGGCUGCUGGGAUUGUUCUCUCCUGCUUAAUUGCAAUGUUGGAAACAUGGUGGAAUAAAAGAAAAGGCUCGCGGGUUCCUUCAAAAGAGAUUAACAGCGUGGCAAAGGAUGAAGGGGAUCUUCAGUGCAUAUUUCCAGACGAAAUACAAUUUUGGAGUCAAAAUCUGGAUGACAAGGAAAUUGAUCUGGAACAUCUCCAUAGACGUGUGAACAGCCUCUGCACAGAUGACGAGAGCCCCCAUAAACAGUUUUCCACCUCAUCUAUAGACUUGACUCCCCUGGACAUUGAUACUUUGCCCACGCGUCAAGCACUAGAGCAGAUCAGUGACUUCAGGAACACUCAUAUCACUACCACAACCUUCAUACCAGAACAGAUCCAGACUCUUAGUCGUACGCUUUCAGCUAAAGCUGCUUCUGGAUUCUCUUUUGGCAGUGUGCCUGAACACCGAACUGGCCCUUUCAGGCACAGGGCUCCGAAUGGGGGCUUUUUCAGAAGUCCCAUCAAAACGAUGUCCUCAAUUCCCUAUCAACCAACUCCGACCUUAGGGCUCAACAUCGGUAACGACCCAGACCGAGGCACCUCCAUAUAAAGCUUCAGACAUUGUUUUGUCACUGUUUCUUUCUAGGACUCCCUUUGCAAGGAGCAGCUGUGAUAUUUGUGGGACUAACAUGGAUGUAACUUUUUAAAAAGAAAUCAGGAGUAUUAGUAACAACUCACUAUCCUUCCCCUCCUCUUUUUCGCUUUCUCUCUACUUGAGGCCAUGGUUUUCAGUCGAGCUCCUCUAGAGUAGCUCCAUUAGCUCAACUGGCGUGUCUCUGGAAUAAGCGCUUUCUAGAAUGUAUUAUGGCCCCAACUCUGUAAACCAUCAAAUCAACUCAUUCUGGCCAGUGGGAUUACUCUGAAGUAACUUCAACUGAGCCACCAUUAAAAAAACCAACAGGUCUGCCACUUCCCUAACAUUCUACUAGUACAGCAUUUCAUAAACUUGAAGACAAGGAAACGAACACUGAGCCUGUAUCAAAUAUAUGGGGUUAUUUCACUGAAAGACCUUUGUAUUGUUUCGCCUUUGAGUUUUUAUACAAUUGCAAUAACUUCAGUCUUUUCUCUGUGUUCUGCUGCAUCCAUUCCAGUGCUUCACUGCUGUUCUGUGUCCUGUUAACUGUGGACCAAAGGCAAACCUUGCAGUAUUUACAGUUUGGGGGGGGGGUGAGAGAAAGGAGAAAGAGAAGGGGGAGACCAUUCAGGCCACCUAAUAUGAGAAUGCAAUUUUGUAGGAUUUCAAGAAGCCAUUGCUAUGCCAGUAAAGACUACAGUUAAAUCUCCUUUUUGCACUGCAACAGUGCAUAUGACCUUUAUGUAAUUGUACAGUGUUUCAAAGGUUUUCUUUUCCUUAUGUACAGUAAACUGUAUCAUAUGGCAGAAUCCUCUGUUCUGUUAAAUAAAUUAGUAGCUCAUACAUAGAUAUAUAUAUACACAUAUACCUUGGUAUAUGUAUAUAUAUAUGUACUUAUGUAUAUAUCUAAUAAAACGGAAGCUGAUGCUAUUGCAAUUUGUCUAAUAAAGCUUUAGUUAAAAAAAAGUGUUGUAUACUGGAAAGAUGUACAGGACAGGGGGUUUUCCGCAAAGAAAAGGAAGGGUGGUUUAAUGUUAUUUGCAUUGUUUGAUAUUUAAUGCCUUUUAUUUUAUUAGAACAUCCAGGGCAAUGUAACAUUUGUACCUAGAUGUGUAACUCAUUCAUUUAGGCUUUUGCAUUGGCUAUUCAGCUGUGUUUAAGGGUAACCUUAAUCAUCUAUUACUUUGGAAUUAUUUUUGACAAAAUGGGAAAAACUGGUAGGUAAAAACACACACACAUAUACAUCGAGGGACAGCUGAUUUUCAGUUCCCAAGGGCUUGAAAAACAGAUCAUGGAAGGUUAAUAAAUGCUCUUCGAAAUCAAUACUAUCCAUCAUUGCAAGUGUGGUGUGAGAGUUUGAGGACGGCAGCGGUCGAGAAAUAUUGGUGUGGCCUUAAUUGCAAUCCUGUGUUACUCCAAGAAUAUAAAGGAGAGGGGAGGAAAACAAAAGAAUGAUCUCUUGUUUAAAUCUUUAUUACAUAUUCAAUUAUAGAUGUAUUUUUGACGUGAGUGCCAAUUGUAUAGAACGAUAAACUGAUGACGGCGAAAACAGUGCCUCCUUUGGCACGGCGGCAUUUUUGAAGCUAACACUCUUACCUGUUUAGAUCUGUAAAAUGAGCUUUCAGUUGUAAUCCUUAAAAACUAAAAUGCGAUUAAGUAGAAAGCGAGCCAACUUAUCCCGUGUUUUAUUUUUAAUUUGUUUUAAUACUUAUUUUAACCUAACUCCAUUAUGUGACUAGGCCUUGAUUAUAGGAAGCAACUUAGGUGAUCUGCUUUAGGAGAAAUUUCAAGAUAUAUUCUUCAGAUCUAUUCUAUUUUGAUGCUUAAUUCUGUUCUGGGAAAGCAUCUUGUACUGUCACUGUUUUUUGUAUGAAAUCUUCAUAAUAUUGUCUACUGUGUAAGGCAGAACAAUUUUCUUAUCAUGCAAAAGGCCAUUUUGUUUCUAGGGUACAAGUGUUUAAAAGCAUGCACAACUUGUUUCCCCUUGUAACAUUCAUGAGCUCCUACACAACUGACUUUUUCGAAGAAGAAGAGGAAGAAGAAGAAGAAGAAGAAGAAGAAAGACAGAAAGAAAUUUCUUUACAACAAACUAGAGGGAUAUACCAGAUGUUGCAGUGAUUUUAGUGAUAAACCAAUUAUUUCAAUGUGUUGCCUAUUAUACUGAUACACAAACACAUUUUGGAGGCCUCAGUUACAAGUGGCAGAGCUUUCUGUGUAUAAUUUGUCUAAAUAAUUUGUCUAAUAAAAUUGUUUUCUAAGCUUGC